AUGUCUAAUAUAGAGGGGUAUUCGAUUACAAUAAUUUCACACUCAUCUGGAAUCCCAGAGGAAAAAUUAGCUUACGUAGAAACAUUCAUCAGCGAGAAGUUGCUGUUAACAAUAGUUGAAAAGAAAGCGUUAUCAACAAAUAACAGAGUAUUUGACUAUGCUGUGAAGUUGGCAGGACAAGAAGCUGAAAAAGUAUUGAACUUGAUAAAAGAUGAAUUAUUGGGUAAUCCAUCAGGCUUUGAUAUUAUCUUUCAAAAAACAAGUGAGCGUAAAGAUAAGAAAUUAUUUAUUUUUGAUAUGGAUUCUACAUUGAUUUACCAAGAAGUUAUUGAAUUGAUUGCAGCAUAUGCAAACAUUGAAGAUAAAGUUGCAGAUAUUACCGAAAGAGCGAUGAAUGGUGAACUCGAUUUUACCCAGUCUCUUUUAGAAAGAGUUUUAUUGUUGAAAGGCAUUGACUCUACAUCGAUUUGGAGCGAAUUGGAAACCAAAAUUAAAAUAACAAAAGGAGCCAAAGAGUUAUGUAAAGCAUUAAAGAAACUAGGAUGCGUUAUGGGUGUAUGUUCUGGUGGGUUUAUACCGUUAGCUGAGUUUGUUAAAAAACAAUUAGGCUUGGAUUAUGCUUAUGCAAAUCAGUUAGGAACUGAUUCAAAAAAUAUUUUGGAUGGUACAACGAAGGGUUUUAUUGUCAAUGGUGAAAAGAAAGCAGAACUCUUGCUUGAAAUCGCAAAAAACCAUGAAAUCAAUCCUUGUAACGCAGUUGCAGUAGGCGAUGGUGCCAAUGACUUGAAAAUGAUGAGUGUAGCUGGUUUUGGCAUUGCAUGGAACGCUAAGCCAAAAGUUCAAAAAAUGGCUCCUUGCUGCUUGAAUACUGAUUCAUUACAAGACAUAUUAUAUAUCAUGGGAUAUAGCGACGACGAAAUUAAACAAUUAAUUAAUUAG